UGUGUGUGCAUAUGUGCUGGCGUAUAUUUGCCUCAAUAGUUUGAUAAAGCUGCCCUUCCCACUACUGAGCGGAAAAAAUUUACCUAAACAGAGGGGCAGACGGUAGUAAUGAAAGAAGAACUGCGAAUUUCGACCGAUCGCUCUUUCUACAGUACGGAACCAGCAAACAACAUCGCAGCUAUGCAGCAUACUUCCCAAAUGCGCUAAUGGCUGUGGCUACUAGUGUGCAGCACCUUUUUUCUAGUCUCUUCCCACUGUCACUGUUGCAGGAGGGGUGUCUUUUUGUCGUCUGACUGUGUGCAUGUGUGUUUAGUGCAAAAAUAUAGCAUUGUACGUAUCGAUGGUUCUCCGGUGGGCUUAAACACAGAACGAGCCUCAUUCGCGAUAGUCAAAACCCGGAGACUAGGACAUGGGUUGCAUCAAUUCGAAGAAGGACAUCAAGGACGUACACUCGAACAUCUUUCACGUCAUUAACAUCGACAAUGAUGGGACAGAGCUGUGGAGCGGCAAAUUAGAAGUGACCCGCGUCGAGCUAACUCUCUACCGGAAGGGUAAGGAACCUACGAAGUGGCCGCUGAAAUGCCUUCGUCGCUAUGGUUACAAUGUUGAUCAGUUUAGUUUCGAAGCCGGGCGCCGGUGUACUACUGGUGAAGGCAUUUAUGCCUUCCGAUGUCGACGAGCCGAAGCCCUCUUCUACACUGUGCAGGCCUACAUACAAGGGCGCAUUUACAGCGAUGAAAAUACAAACCCAAACGAUCCCUAUCCGAUACCUGUAGCUUCAAAUGGGCCGUCAGUUGCGGCGCGAAGUGUUUCGCAGAAUAACACCGCUACACGAAGCAGCGGUAGUGGUGGAGGACAAGGUCAGCAGAUGCAAUGUACGUUCGUGAUGAAUCGCACCGGGAUAGCAACAAGUCAAUCGCUCAGCCCGAAUGGGACGAUACACUCGAACUCAAACCAAAGCCGCAGCACGGAUACACUGCCCAUGGAGGGCAAUUAUCUCGAACCAACGCCCAAUCGGUCAAAUGCUUCGGGAACAGGCCAACCGCAUACUAUUACAACUCGAUUUCAGCAAGGGCUACGAUUAAGCUCAGUCAGCAGUGGGCCGAUCAGCCCCGACAUAACAUCGCCUGGUUCUCCGAACAGUAUGACAAACAUACUGGAAGUAACUACGCUUAAUCCGCUCCCAACAUCGCAUACAAGUGGUAACGUGCAUCAGGGCGUUAGUAACGUCUAUCAAGAGUUCCCCAUGAAAGACUCGACGAUGGCCUCCCUUCACCAUCAGCAUCAUCAGCUGUUACUGCAUCAGCACCACGUGCAUCAUCCGGUCGUAGCUCCGAUUGUUACACCGCUCGUCGGUGGUUUGGUUCGAACCUCGAUGGAUGUACCUCCACUAGAACCUGCCCCAGGUGCGUCGGUUCUGCUUGCCUCCUCUAUCACAUCAGACAUCACGACGACCGUAGGAACAUCUGGUCCCACCGAUACGCUCGUCUGCGGCAGUGGAGAAUACGAUCAGCAGCAGCCUUCCACACCGGACGCCAUUGAUCCUGCGCGAUUGUACAUGAAUGUAAAUAUAGCCACUUCGGAUAUUGGCUCCGGCGGUACUGGUGGUACCAGUGGGUGUAGCAAGACAAAGAAGCCGGCCACCUUCGGUAGCAAAAGUAAUUCUAGUCUCAUUUCGAUUUCAAACAUCACCAAUAACAAUAGCACCAAUGGUGGCCAUAAUAGCACCGGUUCGUUCGAUGAGUGUCAGUAUCAAAAUGUUCGCACUCCAACCUCCAUGACGGCGGUCGGUGCAGCAGGGAUGCCUUUGAUACCGCAAAACAUUGUCACCGGUAACAUUUUUGCUCAGUUCCAGCGUCUCAACAGUGUCGGGGGCUGCCCGGGAAGUCAAUUCUCGAUGGAUCCAAACCGUUUCUACGAAAACCUUGAAUUAGCCGAACUGAAAGCAGUUUCACUGCGUGGCCGAUGCUCAAAGCCGGAUAUUUUCAGCAAUGUCGACCUACCAUUGGACCACUCGGAACCGUGCACACCGACGGCAACGGCUGCGAGCCAGCGCAAGGUGAAUUACAUCGUACUCGAUCUCGAUCAGUCAAACUCAUCGCAUAGCAUUAGCGGGAUAGCAGGUCCGGGUACCAACGGGACCGGUAUCCUCUCACCAACUGGUACAGUCCCUGGAGGAGCGACUAAUGGCAAUACGAUCACUAGCAAUGCCACAAACAAUGCUAAUAACUUCAACAAUAAUAACAACAAUAAUAACAACAGUACUACGAUAAACUUGAAUAGCGUUGUCUCUGGUGGCAUGUGCAAUUCUGCCAGUGGCAUAGCGCUAGGAUCGAUCGGCACGGGCACAGAUCAUCGUGGCUCGUCCGUUUCUGGCGUUAGUUUAAGCUGCAGCACCGGACUUUGUAGUGGAACGCCGGCAAACUCAAGUGGUGGAACUGUUCCACCGACCAGUUUGGGACUCCUACCACCGGAAAGCCCGAAAAAGGCAUCUCUCGGAUAUGCAACAAUCGAUUUUAACAAAACAGUUGCAUUAAGCAAUUCUACUACACCUUCAUCCGAGCUGGACAGUGAAGGAUCGCGCAAGACACGCCAUAACUCCACGGUAACACCACUGGCAAGACAAAGCAAUUCCGUAAGCGAUUAAACUCAAACACCCGCAAGGUGAGUUUGUUGGUUUAUUGUUAUAGUUUGCACAAUGCAACAGGAAUUGCAGAAAAAUGCCAUUUGCGGAAUGUUGUCGGUUUGAUUGAUUGAUUGAUUGUUCAACCAUUUCUUAUUUUCAUAUUUUCCAUUUUCCUAUUCUUUAACUUCCUUCCUAUCAGUUCAAACAUGUACUAUCCUAACUUGCCGCUUUGAAAUGCAAAAAUGUGUAGUUUUACUUUGCUUUUAUAGUUCCUACUUUUAGGGUUUCACUACUAUACUUUCUGUACCGCUAUUGUUCACUAAGUUAAAGUGAGCUUAGUUUGUCGUAAAAUAUUUAUGAUUUGGAUAUUUGAAUGUUUUAUUCUUUUAUCAUUAUUAUCUUAACUUUACAUUAACGCGCAUCUAAAGCAACCAACUUUCUAUAUUAUGAAAGAUAUUUUAAAACUGAUUUAGUGUUUACGAGAGACAGUAUAGAUAAUAGUUUUGCUAUUGAGAUAAUAGUUACUAUUUUUACAUCACACAAACGAUUGAGGAAAUUCGCGCAGAAAGAGAGAACUCGUUGCACAAAGAAUUGCAUUCACGUCAUUUAGUAAAGAGUGACUUUGACGAUGACUAUUCACCUUGAUAUGUUAUGUGUUGUAAUGAAACGGACAGGAAAAUGAUUGUGUGCAUGCAUGCGGAUAGAGAAGAGACAUUAAUUGUACACCGAUAAUAGGUUAAACAUGCAUCAAAAAUGUUUAACCUUCGAAACAGUGGCGUUUUGCCUGCAUAUUAUAAAAUGUCGCCGACACACACAUAACCUUCACUGCAAGGAUAUCUCCAAAGAAAAGCUUUACUAUAAAAGAAACAAAAAAGGGAGGAAAGGAAACAAAGGACAGAAUUCGUGGUCAACGUGAUAUGCAAAAAAGGAUUGUAUGCGUUUAUGGAAAAUUGUACAAAGUUUUUAGUUGUGAUGUAGCAAACUGCAAAAACUGCAAAAAAACAAAAACACAGUAGAAGACAAAUUAUGGUCGUAUAAAAUUGCUAAAAUUAUACUAUAAGUCCACCAACAGAGGCAAAACCCAACCAACAAACCAAAGCGAACCGACCAGACUAAUGGAAAAAGAUGAAGUUGUACACAAAACCACGAAAAAAUCGUCACACAAGUUAAGGACAUAUAACAGUGGAAAGAAUAUUAAAGCUCCAAUGAGGCAGGACAGGUAGAAGACACGUAGAAGACGUAGAAAAGUUUACAUUUUAGUAUAUACAUGUUACAGCUAUGUCGUUGAAAUCACAGGGUUGCGAUAAAGACAGUGUAAUAAAACAGUACACUUUAAAUGAACCAUCACAAUAUCACAGAUCACGCAGCACUGUACAGGAAUCAUAUAAUAACGCUUGCGAUGAUGAUGCUGAUAGGGAUAUUAUUAUAUUAUAAAAUGAGACAGGAAACUUCACUUUCAACAAAUAUUGGCUCAACAAACGCGGCAAGGUGAAGUGACGAUAUAGUGACAGCUAAAAUCUUUUUGUUAAAUUAGUCCGCGAUGACAAAAAGCGUUUUUUAUUGUAAAUUAAGCUGGUAUGAAAUUAAAACUAUAGCAAAUGUUGUGUAAACUAAACCAAUUACUAGCAGAAUGAUAAAGUGGUGUCGAUAAAGAAACAUACGUCAGCAGAUACACGAAAAGGCUAUAAAUAAGCGUAACAAACCAAACCCCAGUGAAUCGUUAAGUUUGUUCAUUUUAUAUUUGAACUGAGACACAAAUUGUUUAAGAAAAAAUUUAUUAUAAACAUAGUGCGUGUGCGUGUGAGUGCAUUUUUAUAGUUUAAUAUUAUCUCAAUAUAGGUAAUAAAAGGCCUGAACAGCUGUAAUGAACCCACUUGUAUGUUUAGGAUCAUAAAAAUAAUAUGUACUGCGCCCACAUGGCCAAAUAUUAUAAAUAAAUGCCAAAAUGAAGCGUUUGUUAUACUGCGUAAGUACUGUUCAGGUGCAUCUGUCGGAU